GUGUGUUGUUAUUGUUUUUUUGUUUUUUUUUUAAUGUAAAUAAGGAGGACAGAGUCAGUCGUUGGCAGUUGAGGUCAGAACUGCCGAUCUUCUUCAAAAUGGCGAACAGACGAAAGGAUAUAGAGGAGGAGGUGUAUGACACGGUCAUGGACCUGACAGACUACGCCAAACGUCAGCCGUGGUGGAAGCGGUUGUUCGGUAACAACUCCGGUCCGAUAGCACAGAAAUACUCUGUGGCCACUCAGCUCACCAUAGGCGGAGUCAGCGGGUGGUGUACAGGAUAUCUCUUCCAGAAGGUUGGAAAAGUUGCUGCAGCAGUCGUAGGAGGUGGUCUUCUUCUUUUACAGAUAGCCAACAAUCAAGGUUAUAUCCAGAUAGACUGGAAGCGAGUAGAAAAAGAUGUCAGCAAAGCUAAGAAGCAGUUGAAGAAGGGCAGCGAAAAAGCAGGCCCAGAGCUCAACACAUUUGUCGAGAAGUCAAAGGAGUUUGUGAAGAAAAAUUUUGUCGUCACAAGUGGGUUCGUCGGCGGUUUCCUGCUCGGCCUGGCGUCUUAGGAUCCACCAGACUGGAAGAGUCUGCAGUACACUCCUCUAUCAAUAAAACCCACUGGGCAAAAAAAAAAAAAAAAGAAGUCACUGCUUUGGUGAAUUUCAAAGUGUUAGCUUGUAGCUAUGUGUUUAUAUAUAUAUAUAUAUAUAUAUAUAUAUAUAUAAAAAGCUGCUGAAUAUUAUAUUGCUGCUGUUGGUGGAAGUUGUGUUCCUCAUUUCAACCAGAGCAACACUUUCAAAUAGUUCUUGUUUAUGGCCAAAUAAUAAGACAUGCAAAAUGAAAACAUAUUGAUGAUGAGAAUUAUAACUUGUAAAAAAAAAAAAAAAAGACUUGAAAGAUUUUGUUGGGCAUAAUUUGGCAAAGACAACUGUACAUGUAUUUACCUUCAUAACUUCAUAAUUGUUCAGCAGCAUUGCCAAAUCUUACAUUUUCAGCCCUGAGGGAUUGUUGAUUUGAAUGCGGUGAACUGAGUUGUGCACUGUUUUGGGAUCUGUUCUGGACUUUUAUAGGAUUAUGGUGUUUUUUUUUCGGCGUAACAUUGCAUGGGUUUUCACACACAGGUGGGUAUACAGAUAUAUGUAUAAAACAUUGAAAGAGUUGAAACUUGAAUUUUAUUCUGAAGUGCUGGUAGUUAUGUCUUUUUAAGAGAUGGUCUAUGUUUGUGGAUCUCCUUUUAAAAUAGAUUUUGUUGAGCAAUAAAUUGAUGCUUUAGGUA